AUGGUUAAGAACGACAAGGAUGUUGAGAAGAAUUUUGGUGAGGAAUCGCAAAGCGCGUCGCCAUUUGAAAGUGGUUGCGAGGAGGACGACGAUGCUGGUACUGCGCAGGGCAGUGAAGACGACGCGCUACAAAACGAUGGCGACAGAUCGUCGCUGAGAAAGAAAAAGACACGUACUGUGUUCAGUCGACAGCAAGUGUCACAGCUUGAAAUGACCUUUGAAGGCAAGAGAUACUUGUCAAGUCAAGAGCGAGCAUACUUGGCAUCACACCUUGGACUUUCUGAAACUCAGGUUAAAAUUUGGUUUCAAAAUCGGCGUAAUAAAUGGAAACGUCAAGCAAACUCAGAAUUGGACGCCCAAAGUACGCUGAACAUUCAUCGGGCCAAUUUGUUUGGUCAGAAUCUGCAUCAUCAGAUAACUUCCCCAAGAGAUCAGCUGUCGACUGGGCAUACCGCUAACAUUAGUGUGCCAGUUGGCUUUGCUGCUCUACCGAACUCGGUAGUUCAUCCAGCGAUUCUAUUUCAUUCGUCUGUUGCCGGAUCAUCCAGCUCACCACAGUCUGUUGGCAGUUCAGAAAAUGCUGCUGCAGCAGCAAAUCUGUUUUACGGUACGUACGGAGCAAUAGCGGCAGCUCGAGCAGCUCAAGCUCAGCUCAUAUAA